AUCAUGAAUCAAACACAUUUUGACUCUUCAACAUGGAGUAUUCCGGGAAAAAUAAAUAAAUAUUGUUUUGGCUAUUAUAUUGGAUAUUGGCUUUGUUUUAAUGCUUUUUUGCUUUUAGCUUAAUGAUUUUAUGCUUAAGCAUCAAUCAAAAACUUUUAAUAUGUGAAAAAUGUAGUUUAAUGAUAGUCAUAUAUUUUCGCGAUGGGUGUUUUAGAAAAGAAUUCUUGAAUUCACUGAAGCAGCUAAAAUGGUGUUGCAUAAGUUACAGCAUGUGGGGCGUAGAAUGUUUUCCAAGUAUUUGUUAGUUACAAAUACAGCUACAGCAUCUAGUUUACUUGCACUGGGAGAUUGCAUUAUACAACAUAUUGAGAAGAUGGACAACAAAGAAAAAUCAUACAACUUUCAAAGGACAGGUCGAAUGUUCACAAUGGGAUUCCUGUUUGGACCAGUGUCACAUGUAUGGUAUAAGAUAUUAGAUAGGUAUCUCCCUGGUGCUGGUUUACGUACUGUAGCCUGUAAAAUACUUGCUGAUCAAACUGUGGCAGGACCAUUCUUCUGUUCAGCUUUCUUUAUUGGUAUGUCACUUUUAGAAGGAAAGUCUAGACAAGAGGGUAUGGAAGAAGUCAAAGCCAAGUUCUGGACAGUUUAUAUGCUUGACUGGUGUUUAUGGCCUCCUGCACAAUUUAUUAAUUUUUUCUUCCUGCCACCAAGUUUGAGAGUUGUUUAUGUGUCUGGGAUAACACUAGUCUGGAACACUAUAUUAUCAUGGAUGAAACAUAAGGAGCAACAUGUGGAGACUGAAGUGAAACAGAGCUAGAAAUAAAUUAAAGGAUAAUCAAAUAUUUAUACCCCUGUCUUUCAUAAUACAGUCCUAUUUUGUUUGCCCCAAACCAUUCCCUUAUAUUUAUUUUUGUUAGAUUUCUGGUUAUACUGACAUACCUAAAGGUCAUAUUGUAAUUUCUGCUUUGCAAGUACCAGCCAAUACCAAAGUACGUUAGGUGCCCUACUG